GUAUCUUCAUGGAGAACGUUGGAGCUGUGAAGGAGCUGUGUAAAUUGACUGACAACCUGGAGACUCGUAUAGAUGAGCUGGAGCGCUGGAGCAGGAAGCUGGCCAAACUCCGCCGUCUGGACAGCAUGAAGAGUACCGUCAGCGGAGGCACCACCAGCCAAUCAGGAAGCCAGUUCAGCAGGGCAGGAAGUGUCCCUCUGAAGAAGAAGAAGACAGUCAAACCUGGGAGCAAGAGUCCAACACCAGAGCAGGGCUGUGUCAGUGUGUGGUUCUAACCUGUACCUCCGUGUGGUUACAGAGUCCUUCUCCAGAGCAGGGCUGUAUCAGUGUGUG